AUGGACCCAGUGCUGGACUGCAUCGCCUACGCAAAAGCCCAUGAUCUUCAGCGUCGGGAUGCUACGGACCUGAUAGAGGAAUUUGCAAAGGAGAUUUCAAAAAUGGGAGGGAAAUGCGUCGACAUUGGAGCUGGUCCUGGAGAUGUAACUGCUGAUCUGGUCCUCCCGAGGCUGAAAAAAGACGCCGUCAUUGUUGGUGUCGACAAGUCGAAGACGAUUGUUGAGUUUGCCUCGAAGAGAUACCACGAAGAAGGACGUUUGUCCUUCUUUGAGUUAGACAUAGAGACGUUGAAUUUACCCAACGAGCUGAUUGAGGGAUUUGAUAACGCCGUGUCCUUUUAUUGCCUGCACUGGUGCCAGGAAAUCAGGGUCGCCCUUGGCAACAUUUACAAACUCCUGCGACCAGGAGGGAAAUGUCUGAUCAUCCUGUUGUCUCACCAGUCAGGAUUCGAAGCCUUCGAGGAACUCUACAAGGAUCCUCGGUACCAACCUUAUAUGAAGGACGUGCGGAAGUGCAUGCCAGUUUUUCAGAAAGCUUCCAAUCCAAGGGAGAAAUUGAGGGCCAUUUUGACGGAGAUCGGCUUCGAGGUCCUCCACUGCAGCAACAGAGAAAGGACCUUCGUCUUCCAGAGUCCAGAAAUCCUGAAGAAACAUGCGGACGCCGUCAAUCCCUUCUUAGAGCGACUUCCUGCAGAACUGAAGGAGGACUUCCGAACAGACUUACUGAGAGAAGUGACUAAACGAAAAAUCGUAAUCACUAAUGGAAAUAACGAGAACGAUUAUAGCAUAUUGGAUCGUUACCACGCACUAGUUGCGUACUUUGGAAAGCCUAGAAGCAGUAAUGACAGAACAUGAAAUCAAUGGAACCUCUCGAGAAGGGCUUAUUUAUUUUUAAUAAUAAUUUUAAGGUACUUCAUGAGAUAAAAAUAUACGGGUUUACUAAGUAAGAUAUAAAGUAUAAAAAAGGAGCAUGAAAUAAAAGAGGAAGGAUUCUCUUGAUCCUCUAACAUUUUAAAUCAUAAGGAAGUUCAAUCUAACAAUUCAAGAAGAACUGAUAACAAAAUAAUCAUUCGGAGAGAUAUUUUCUAUAAAACAUAGAAAUAUCUAGAAGCAAAAUAUACAAAAAAAUAACUGGCAUUUUCUUUAUUUUACCUCCUACUGUUUGGGAUAAAAGAAUGAUUAGAAGCAAGGAAAUAAUUGCAAUACUUGAGAUUAUAAGAAAAGCAUUGGAAAUUAAUUCGGGGGAGUUCUCUUGCAAAAGA